GUCUCGUGCAGAGUCUCGUGCAGAAUGAUGGAGAUUCGGGUCCAAAUGUGGACGAGAUUGGAGACGAGAUUGAAAACUAGAUUGGCUUUGGUUUUGACUAGUGGCGCUUAAAGUUAAUGCAAUUGCGGUCGUAGUCGUACCUGCUUUUAUCGCUCCUGCUUCUCCUACUUGAGCCGUGUCUUCGGUGAUUUCGCUUUUCGGCCCGUGUCCGGUGAUUCGGAUAGCGCUAGGCUUAAAAGUCCCACUAGUGCUUCCGUUUAUUCUUCCAUUUAUUAUCAUUCCAUCCCCACCUUCACCGUCGCCAUCCACUCCGUUUAGUCCGCGAUUAUAAUCCAAUAUUUUACUAUGAUUUAUAUUACUCUUCGCCGUACUUAUCUCCGAAAUACUUCCCUGUUGUCGUCGUUGGUAAUGUUGAGAGAAAACAGAGGGUUGCAGCGUCGAUGCUGAUAACGGUGGGGAUCGUAGUCGUGAGGAUGGUGUUGCUGUUGUUGAUGAUGAUGAUGAUGAUGAUAGCGGCGGUGAUGAUGGUGGCAUCUAAACUGAUGAUCCCGCUGGCCUACAGCGUGUAUGUGUGUGUGUGUAAUCUCAACCGUAAUGCGAAUAGGGGCCAAUGCGAUAACGCGCUAUGCCCUGUGUCUCGGGGACCGGUUCCCAAAAGGCUAAAGCCCCCCAGAUCUUCCUUGCUAUUAUUACUAUUCUCUUAUUAGGCACCUUUUCUUUAAUCAAUUCUCAUCGACUAAGAAGACAUUAAGCAUCUAUGUCUACACUCCGCAAAGACAAACGUAAGUGUUGGUGGGACAGUUUAUCCUUCAAGAAUUUCUUGCGAGACAUGUGCAAGACUCGGAAACAGGACGACCCCUUUUAGCAUCCUCCUAACGGUGAAUAAAGUUCUCUUCAACAAUUUCGAUCGCGUAGCCCGUACGUACGCAAGUACCACUGGGAGGAAUUAGAUACAUUAAUAUUACCC